UUGUCUUUACUCCAGUAAAGAGCGUUCCGAUGUAGAUUGUCCCACUACCCAACCCGUUGGUUUGUUUCCGGAAGUUCGACUGUUUUUAAUGGAUGCUUUUUGUGUUGCCUGUCUAGCUAAGUAGCAUGCCAACUACCAUAGCCUUACUUUCUCUCAAUACAUCUGGUAUUUAUAUGUAUUAGAAUAGCCUCAUAUACAGUAAGUACUACAGCUUAUAUCUCAAAAUGGUAAAACAAUUGCAAUAGGACAGUUAUUGGCGGAGGCAAAAGCGGUUUAGUUACCAGUAUAUUUUCUGCUAAGGUUAGCUAAUUAGCUAGCUUCAUAUCAUUUUGAUAGACUGGAUCGUAACACUGACCAACCUGAACAAAAGUAGGUAAACUUUACGAUCUCAUAACUGUAGCUAGCUACACAUAGACAGUUUGCUAUGAUGUCUGAAGCCAUCGUAACCUUCCAGUCUCAGCUCUCCGGAGUCAUGGAGACGGUCCUAAAGUCAGCCAUAUACGAGAUCACUAGGCUGGUGGAGGAUAGUUUCCUGGAAGAGGUGUUCCGGAGCCGGGAGCAGGUCGAGUCGCUGAAGAAGCGGCUGCAGUGGUCGGAGAACAGUCGCAAGGAGAGGGAUAGAGAGGGAGGCCAGCGGGGGAAGUGUGCGGAUUGUGGGAGAGCUGACGUGGAGACAAGCUCUGGAACCUCACAGACAGGUGUGGAGAGGGGUUGUGGCCUGAAGCAAGAGAAGGUAUCAGGGGAGGAGUGGAGCAGCUGUGGGGGUGUGGCCGGGGAAACAACCUUCCAUGACCUGGAGGAGGCUGAGGCCACCAGCCCUAGGAGAAUCUCUGAGUCCACAGAGGUUGGAGGUCAGAAGCUGGACAGUCUGCUGAAAGAGGAGCCUCUCCACAACACUGAGCUACGGGAGAGAUGGGAGUUCUGCCUGGACGGGGCCGACGGUUCGGACGUCUCUGGGCCCAGUAAGAGUUUCAGUGAGCAAGCACUGCAGCAGUGCCAGGCUGACUGGGGAUCUGUUCUAGACCAGGAGCCUAAACCUCCGGGCCCCGAGGGAGACGCAGGGGACCCCACCGACCCCCUCUACCGCCUCGUUACAGCAUGAA